AUGUCUCCCAGUGUUAUUCGCCUCGCUUCGGGUCUUGAAGCGAGAAUUACCCGUUUCCAGCUGCUCGCUUUCGUCGCCUCUAGACCUCGAGAGAGAGAGAGAGAGAGAGACCAACUCAAGUGUUUCGUGUUGGCCUCCGCGCCACGGCAACUUGCAGGGGCACGUCUGAAGUUGUCCGGGUGGGUGGGUCGGUGGGAGGGACAACUUAAGGUGAAUUUCCAUCAUGCGUGUUUCUUCUCUCAAAUUUUAGAAAACCUGACUCCUGCUGGCGAGUCGGUGAGCCGGGUUCCGCUGAACGCCUCGGACAGAGAUCUGGCGGAGAGCUUGCCUCUCAUGAAGGACAUCCUAUCGCGCAAGGACCCCCUUCCCCCCACCACCUCCUCCCUCCCCCUCUCCUCCUCCUCCGCCGCCGCCGCCGCACCCAUCAACGCGUCAGACGGCCAAUCACAGCCCGUGAGUCUGUCCUUCAUUGUUGUCUUUUUCCCUGUCGAAAUGGGUACUUUUGUCGUGUCGAUGGCCUCUUCAAGAAUUCGAUUGGAUGGCGGGUACCGUAGAAUCCGUCGGUUGCUAAUUUUCGGCCGAAAAGCGGUCUUGGCUGCGGAGGAGGAGGAGGAGGUGGUGGCGUGGCAUCAAAGCCGACGUCUUCGUGCUGCAGCCACGAAAGCGUCCAUCUCGGAGACGCGGCUUUCCAGUGAAGUCUGUGCUGUGACUCAACCCAGAUUAGUGCGUCUGCUGAAUGGCAGUGGCGUUGGCGGCCACGACACCGGUGCCAUGGGCAUCAAGCAGCCCUUCACGGCCACCAACAACGGCCAGAAGCUCUCCGCCUUCCUCCCCAACGCGUCCGCCGCCGCCGCAGCCGCCUCCUCGUCGCCAACAGCGACAGCGGCGACCACCGCGACUGCGGCCGCCGCCGCCACACCUAAACGCCGAUCGAUGAAGCGGCCCGCGCAGUCCUCCGUUAUGCUGCAGGACCCGCCCCCUUCUGCUGCUGCGCCUCCAACGGCUUCGGCGUCAUCACAGACCGCAGCGCCAGCCUCCUCCGCCCUGCCCGACGCCAACGUCUUCCUGUCCAUCAGUAACGCGGGUUCGCAUCCCACCGCCAAGCAAGCCCUGUCGUCUGCCCAACUUGGUGAUCCGCAACAGCUGCCGACUCACUUCACCACGCAACCGGCAGCGGCGCUGAUUGGCUGCAACCACCACGCGGGCGUGCAGCCACUUUACGCACCCCAGCCCAUCGGGCCUCCCUCUGUUCCUCCAGCUCCGCCUGCGCCUCUCUCGGGCAAGUCCACACCCCGGCAACCUGCUAAGAAACGGUUAGAGGCACGCACGCCCACCAUAGACGAGCUCGGUGUACCCUCGGCUUUCAAGGUCCUUCAUGACACACCAUUCACUCCAGUACUGGGGAGAAGUGUGAACAGCGGUCAACCAACAAGCCUUUCCCAGACACCGGUGUCAGCCACAAUCUCGUCCACACAGCCAUCCAUGGAGGUUGCAGGCGGUGGUGGGGUAGGCGCCGUCCAGGGCGUGAAGUCGUCGUCCAAGCCGGAGGAGGACGAGGACGAGGAGAUGAAGACGAUAUUCGCUGGACCUGUCGCGCGACGACACCACUCUACCACUCACCAGCCGCCGCUCAGCGGGAUCCCUUACGUCGACUACAAGCAGCUCCACGAGCGUCUCCAGCACCACGGCGUCGCCAUCAACGGAACCGCCGGCGCAAUGGACUCCGCUAACUCCCUCUUCUUCAGGUCCACCCCCGGUGGCAACGUGAAGCGCUGCGCCUCGGCCAGUGCCCUGCCCAGUCUGAGCCCGGGCCCGUUGAUGGUGCACGGGGGGCAGGUGGACCCCUCCGAUCUCUGCCAGAUGCCCGCCCUGGUGCCCGCGGUGCCCGGCUUCUCCUCCCCCCCGCCGCCCCGUCUCACGCCCGGCGGUGCCACUGGGCGCCAAUCAAAACCGCCCCUCUUCGACAGGGACACCCCGGGCCUGAGGAACCUCGCCUCGCGGUUUCGCGACUCCCCCAUUUUCCACACCCAUCCGGACAUACUAGACGUGCUGGUUAGUUUGGCCCAAGAGUACGGCGUGCAAUCGAAUCGUGCCGGCAGUAGUUGUAGCCGACCCCAAAGCCAGCACUACUUGCGGCGCAGCCUCUUCCCGGGCACCGAUUCGCCCAGUCCAGCGGGUCUUCCGCUGAACAUGCUGAACAGCAGCGGCGGCCUCGUCGGCGCGUCGGACCUCGGUGACUCCCAGCAGCACCCCGCGCCGCCGCCGCCGCCAUUGAGUUUCACGUCCACCGCCAACUCCGCGUUUACCGACCUCUCGCCGCGCGUAGUGGUCGAGGUCAUGAACCCCCCUCCGCCCGCCUCCACCGCUGAUUUCAACUAG